AUGGGUAAAAUCCUGCAGAAGAGAAAGAACCGCUCUGGCCUUACCAAGGCCCGGGCUAAGUACAGCCGCCGGAAGAACGGUAACAAGAAGAUCAAUGUUCUCGGUAACGCCAUCAUCGCCGAAAACUGGGACAAGAAGCUCACCCUCACUCAAAACUACAAUCGGCUUGGUUUGCUACACAAAUUAAACGCCCCGGCCGGUGGUAAAGAACGACUUCCCGGACAAGGAGAACUCACUGUGGACUCGCACUCUAUGCACAUUAAGGGCAGUGGCAAGGCAGCAGCUCAGAUCAACUUGGGUGAAACACGAGUCGAGCGUGACGAAGCCGGCAAUAUUCUACGAGUGAUUCACGAUGAUGACGAGAUUGAAGUGGCCGGUCAGAAACGACGACGCGCGAACCCGCUCAAUGACCCUCUGAACGAUCUAUCCGACAACGAAGUGGAUAUUGAAACCUCUGGUCCCAAGACAGACGUUGUGAAGCAGUUGGAGCGCCAGGCGGACUUGGAGGGAGUCGAUGCCAAGGCCAAAAAGCCUCGUUUCCAGAGCCAGCGCGAGACAGAGUGGGUUUUGCGGCUGAUUGAGAAGCACGGGGAGAAUUAUUCUGCUAUGACUCGUGACCGCAAGCUGAACCCCAUGCAGCAGACUGAGGGUGACUUGCGGAGGAGAAUUAACAAGUGGAAGAAGACUCAGGAGUGA